AUGGAGAUUGGACGCUGCCCCGUGUCGCGUGUGGCAAAUGCCAGCUGCCUCUCCAAGGCUGUGUCUCACAAGGACACGGCUGUCCGCAUGGCUGCUGCACAGGCUUGUGGCGAGCUGGGUGCUGACUGCGCGGACGAACACUUCCAGGCACUUGCUUCCGCAGCAGCUGACCGUCACGUGAAAGUGCGCCGUGCAGCCGUUCAGGCCUUGGGCCGGGUAGGCAGUGCCGGUGCUGAUCAAAUCGUGCAUUUCUUUCAGGACUCGGAUGAGGGUCUGCGGCAUUUUGCUGCUGAAACGCUGGGAGGCCUUGAUGAUGCCCUUGCUGCCGAGGCUGCGGCAAGGUCUCUGUUGGCACCACAAGCGGCAGCCCGCCAGGCAGGAUUGCUGGCUUUGAGCAAGAUGAAAGUAGCAGGGCAGAGCCACAAAGCGGCUGUUGCCGCCUGCAUCAACGACGGAGACUUGAGCACCCGCCUUGCUGCAAUCCAAGCACUGUCGAGUCUGAAGGCUGAGGACCACGCACCUGAGUUAGAGCAACUUGCAAAGGACAAGGCUUCGAGCGUUCGGAUAGCUGCGGUGUCAGCCUUAGCCAAGAUGGGCGCGCAGGGGGCCUCGUCAGCUCUAAUUUUCCUUGAAGAUGAGGACCCUGGCGUGAGACAGUUUGCAGUAAAGGUGUUCAGCCCACUGCACUCCAAGCUGCCGGCCAGCGUGGCCAAGACCCACUCGCAUCAGGUUGCUCUUCGGCUGCUGGAUGAAGACUGGCAUGUCCGCCUGGCAGCAGUGGUGGCUCUUGGAGACUUGCACAUGGGCGUUUACGCAGAGCAGAUUGCUGCUUUGUCCCGGGACCCCAACAAUCAGGUGCGGCGGAGCGCCCUGGCGGCUUUGGAGAAGAUGGGCGCUUCACCAGCACAAGCUGCUGGCUUCCUGGGCGACUCAGAUCCAGGGGUGCGGGGCCACGCCGAGGAGGUAUAUGCAGCUUUGGGUGGAGGUCGUCAAGAUGACGACGGAGAUAUCUCUGAAGCAGACUAG